AUGCCUGUACCGCCGCUGAUUGAUUUUCCCAUCCCGACCUUCUUGCGAGACCUGCCACGGUCCAAAUAUCUGCCAAACUAUCUCUUCUUCACCUCGCACUGCGAUUCAGCCACUCAAGCCUCCUCUGCAGGAGUUUACUGCGGAUCGUGGGCGCGGGAUACACUCUUUAUGUGGCAGUGGAUCCAUGACACACCGCAACAACACUUCGACUGCCACUUCAACAUGCAAUCCACCUAUCCCACCAUGUUUAUCUCUACAACAUCAGAAUUUCUCAGGGCUCUCCUGAUUGCUGUUGGACACCACAGACGUCAGCGUUAUGGCAUCAAGAUCACCGUGAUUGAUGUUAAAAAGGCAAUGGAAUCACACCAUGAUAUCACGCAUGCACGCGAGAUCGCGCAACGCUUGCAUCGGGAGGACGCAGCCAAAAAGAAAUCAGAGUGGGUGUUUCUGGGACGAGUCAAGCCUUGCGCCAUUGUACACCAGAUUGAUUUUGACGCAACAUUGUGUAACAGCCUCUUCAGGCUCUUUCCAACGUUCCAAGAUCAAGCCUAUCUCUGGGAGUUGCGAUCUAACAUCCCCAGGGACUUUCACUUAUCUGAUCCAUACCUAUUCGAUCAACAUAAUCAAGCAAAGCGGGACGCUCAACAAUGUGCUAUGCUGGCCAAUUGGCUGGGCGAGCCAGGAGGUUGGACGUGCGAGCAGAAGGAUGUCUAUCUGAUGAUAGUCGGGCAGAUCAGAAUGUGGAAAGAUGACAUGAGCGGAGCUGAUGCCGAAUACCAGCGGGAUUUUCUGGAGAAACUCAGCUUGUGGGCGCCCAAUGUAUUUCACCAGAGUUGA